AUGGCCAUCUCUAGAAUUGCAAUUGGGGCACCAGGAGAGGCAAGCCACCCUGAUGCAAUAAGGGCUGCCUUUGCUGAGUUUUUCUCUAUGCUUAUUUUUGUUUUUGCCGGGGAAGGUUCUGGCAUGGCUUACAGUAAGCUUACUGACAAUGGAUCAGCCACACCGUCUGGUCUGAUAGCUGCAUCAUUGUCGCACGCAUUUGCGCUAUUCGUGGCGGUCUCAGUUGGUGCAAACAUUUCUGGAGGACAUGUAAACCCUGCUGUCACAUUUGGUGCAUUCCUUGGUGGUAACAUAACGCUGUUGAGGGCCAGUUUGUAUUGGAUUGCGCAGCUUCUGGGAUCGGUUGUUGCUUGCUUGUUGCUCAAGUUUGCCACCGGCGGAUUGGAAACAGCAGCAUUUUCUCUAUCCUCCGGCGUUUCUAUAUGGAAUGCUUUGGUGUUUGAGAUUGUGAUGACCUUCGGCUUGGUCUACACUGUUUAUGCCACAGCAGUGGAUCCAAAGAAGGGGAAUGUAGGCAUUGUUGCACCCAUUGCAAUUGGUUUGAUAGUUGGUGCCAACAUCUUGGCUGGUGGUGCUUUUGAUGGUGCAUCCAUGAACCCGGCCGUGUCAUUCGGUCCUGCUGUGGUUAGUUGGUCAUGGACUCACCACUGGGUCUACUGGGCUGGUCCGAUGAUCGGUGCAGCAAUUGCUGCUCUUGUCUAUGACAACCUGUUCAUUGGUGAUGGAGCUCAUGAACCGCUUCCCCACAAUGACUUCUAG